AUGGGACUUAUGGUAUUGGUAUCAAACACAACCAAAUGGACACAUAAGGGUUCUUGCUUGUGGUCCACUGUAAGGCAUCCUCCUCGAUCCAAUAUGAUACCGUUGCAGUACUCUAGUAGGCUGUUGAAGCGGUACUCGUUUUUGAAACGAGACCCCACGUUUAUCUAUGAAGCUGUAAACUCUGAGCGUGCGCAGUUCUUGCCCUACCACGACUUUUACCCAUUCUGCUCUUCACGGGAUAGAAGCAAGCUCUGGAAGCUUCACAGGUCUAUACCAUCGAACGGAGCCAUGCUAAAACCCUUCAUUCAGUCGCACAAGCCCGGAGAAUUGGUAUUCAUGGGUUUAAUCCCACCUACAAAAGGUGAAUCGUCAUCUCAAGGCCCAAGCUUCACUUACAAGAAGUACAAGGGAGACCCGCUCUUCGCCAUUGACAUUACAAGACACGAAUACAUGCUGCCUCAAGCAGAUGGAAAAGACUCGGUGAUCAAAUGCCAGGAUUUCAGGCACUUUAACGAUUUGACCGUGGAUGAGUCGUCCCUGCUAUCGCUAGGCAAAAUGAUGUUGCACUGGCUCUAUACGCACAAAUACUGUUCGAUGUGUGGAUACAAAAACGACGUAAUAGCGUGUGGCUCGCAGUUGAAGUGCACGAACCACGAAUGUGAGUCCAACGGCAGAAUCACAAACGUGUCCUUCCCAAGAACAGACCCCGUUGUCAUUGUCGGCAUAACAAAUCAAACCCGCGAUGCCGUCCUACUAUGCAAACACAAGGCUCCAAGUGCGCGUGAUCCGAAAAGAAACAUGUACGCCUGCGUCAGCGGCUUCAUGGACCCAAGUGAGACCAUAGAGAGCGCUGUCCUGCGCGAGGUGUUCGAAGAAACAGGUUUAGACGUACUAAACGUCGAAUACGUCACUACACAACCUUGGCCCUUCACCAAUAACAUCAUGAUCGGCUGUCUGGCUACAGUUGAUGACAAGCAGCCCGUUGAUCUGGGCCAUGAUGAGGAAUUGGUCGAUGCCAGCUGGUUUCCCACCAGUCAGGUCAAGCAGAUGCUCAAUUCCGACAUGGACUCUUACGGAUUGUUGAGAGACCCUGUCUCGGGAAUUGGUCUGCCAAACGACAAAACAAUCGCCAAUCGACUCAUUAAAGCGGUGUGCCAAGUCCGGUAA